CUCUCCCUCUCGGCUCCCAGUGUGGGCUCAGCAUGUGCAAAGGAAGGUUGUGCAUUGUGGAUCCUCUGCAUUGCCUCCCUGUUCAAUAAGAUACAACAUUUCAUUAUGUUAUCUUAUAUAGCAAUUUGUGUGCGACUUAUGUCUUUCCGGCGCUGAUGAAGGGGAGAGGUCAAAGUGAGGAAGACGCACGGACAGAAGGAGGAGGAGGAGGAGGAGGAGGAGGAGGAGCAAGCAAGGGCGCGUAGCACAACAUGGCGUGGGGUCCCCUUCAUCCUCGCCUCCGUGGUGGGAGCGCCUUGGCCCUCCUGCUGGUGCUGGUGGUGCUGCUGAUGGCUUAUACUGCUCACCAUCAAGUGCGGCAGCCGAGUAGAAGAGGUGGCAACCAACUCCUCGACACUCGGCACGUAGAGGAGCACCAGACGCGGCACGUGCUCUUUUUCAACCGUGUACCGAAGUGUGGGAGCGAGAUGCUGGUGCUGCUCCUCCAGUGGCUGCAGGCACGCGAUGGCUUCAGGCACGUACGGCUCAAGAACACGGUCAAGCGCUACCUGACACUCGAUCAGCAGGCGGCGAUGGUGGAAGAGAUCGGAGAGCGGAUCCAGGAAAGCACCGAGCCACGAGUGAGUUUCGAUCGACACGUUUACUUCACCAAUUUCACUUCGUAUGGAUUCAAGAUGCCCAUUUACUUAAACCUCGUCAGAGAUCCCGUGGAGAAGAUGGCGUCAAGGUUUUACUAUGCUAGAGCAACACCACGCCCUGGCGCAGCGACCCCGCCAGGCUAUACCAGCUCCACACCACCUCGCUACACCAGCCUAGAGGAAUGUUUGCGCUACCAGGACCCGGAGUGCACCUUCCUGACAGGUCACCACUAUGACCUCACCAUCCCUUACUUCUGCGGCCACGAGGACUUUUGCAGAGAACUGAACAAUGAGGCAGCCCUGAACUUGGCCAAAAGGCAUGUGGAGGCGUGGUACCCUGUGGUGGGAAUGUUGGAGGAGGUGAACGCCACGCUUGCAGUCUUGCAGCACCACCUCCCCCACUACUUUGCUGGCGUGCUUGACCUUUACCACAAGGAACUAUUAGCAGCGCCACACUACAACAGGAACAAGCAGCGUCCUCCCACAAGCCAUGAGGUGGAGACUGCUCUUAAGACCAACCUCUCCUUGGAGUAUGACUUCUACAACUACCUGAAGCAGAGACUCAGCAGACAGUUCCAAGAGUUACCAGUGAACUAGUCUGUACUAUAAUUAUUUAUAAGUUGUUUACGUUAAUGAAGCUACAUUUUUUUUGUCUGAGGGAGACUGGUCUCAAUGUGAUGUAAAUACUCAAAAGAAGGAACUUGUUUCAUGACAAUUCACUUACAUUAGUCCAAUAAUAAUAAGAAUAUUAUCAGCCAAAAUUGUAGAUGCAAAACUUCACAAUGAACAAAUGAUAGAAGAGCAUGGAAAUAAUGACUUGCAUGCAUUCCUCAUAAUCUUCUAAAUGGUGUGAUAAUGAAAAGAAUAAAAGUUGUAUACAAACAUGUAGGUACAUAGAAACUCUUUAUUUUACUCCUCACUCUCCUCUACAAACCAGUUAGAGCUCUUCUGUUAAGACUGCAAAUAAAUACAUAAAAUGGGAGGGACAAAGCUUAGAAUGAUUCUAUAUGCAGUUCUUAAUUAUAAUCAGGGUCAUAAAUUGGAGUGUGUGUGUGUGUGUGUGUGUGUGUGUGUGUGUGUGUGUGUGUGUGUGUGUGUGUGU